AUGGCCGGAAUGGCCUCUUUCGGCGCCUAUGGCGUUGUAGUGUUAUUCACGAUUUUAUCAUGGCAGGACAUCUCCUCGAAUUCAGGAGUGUCUGCAUCGAUGGAGAAGCAAAUACCGACUCCAAAAAUGUCCAGUUUUGCUGGACCCACCCUCAAAAUUUUAUACUGUUAUUCCUGAGGAUACCAGCGGGUCUUUGAGCAGUUUGCUCAAUUGAUCCGUGACAAGUAUCCCUCCCUCGCAGUGCAAGGUGACUACUACCCUCCACCCCCGCCGCGUGCACUGGGAGCUCAGAUCAUGAGCUUAAUCAAACUACUCCUCAUCGGUUUGGUAAUAGCGGGGAUGGACCCAUUUCCUUAUCUGAAUGCAGAGACUCCCAAUUUGUGGAGCUGGGCUCUCCAAAAUAAAAUCUAUGCCUGUAUGAUGAUCUUCUUUUUAUCAAAUGCCAUAGAGGGACAACUUGUCUCCACAGGUGCCUUCGAAAUUACUUAUAAUGACGUACCAGUUUGGUCCAAAAUAGAAACAGGGCGUAUCCCAUCUCCACAGGAAAUGCUACAGAUCUUGGACAACCAUAUGCGCCUCAGUCACGGUGGACAACCAUAAAAAGAGAGGAAGAUCCCUGUGGAAAAAUGAUGAGUUCCUUUGCUGAUCUUCACAUGUUGCAGUUCAUACAUCGCUGUUUGUGACUCUAUGACGGUUCACCUUUAAACCAGUUCACUGGCUGGGUGGACCUGAGCCCUCGUCACUGGGAGUUAGAUGGAAACCUUCAACAUCUGAGGAUGAUUACUGGACCUCAUGUCAUUCACGCAGGUGCAGAGUUCUUAAAAAGAUUGAAAAUUGGAGAGAGAAAAUGGGAAAAAUAUUCUAAAAGUGUGUCCACCCAUCAAAUAUAGCGGACUCUAUCUUCAAAAUGUUAUGAAAGAAUGGUCAAAAUGUCAUCCUAUGACCUCAUUAUAAUUUGCUCUCAAAAUUUUGAUGGGUUUGUGACACUGACUGAAGGAAAAAUAUAAAAAUAUGUUGUUUUAUUUAAAUCAUUUCUGAGAGAGAGAGGGGUUUACCCUUAAUCUAAAUGUUUCCAAGUGAAAAAUAAAGGCCUCCGUGAAAAUACCACUCAAGAGGGGUUAAUGUUCCAAAAUAAAAUUAUUGUUUUACCGACUUGUAUAAAUGAUAGAACAUGAUAAAUAUCUAAGUGCAACUUGUGUGAUAAUUCUUUUGCAAAUUGUUUAUCAACAUUAUUGAGUUGGCAAUGAAAAUUGUUGUCAAAAAAACAUUGAGAAAGUCUCCAAGAGUUAGGAAACUGGGAACAUCAAAUAACAGAUACAACAAAAUGUCAUUAGCCUUGGAAUACAAGUUGAUAUUGAUUUGAGCACUGUUCCUUUUAUGUAGAGUGUUUCUGAAAUGAGCUGGAAUUGAUGUUUUGUUGGCAUAUGGGAUGAUCAAAUCCCCUCUAAUAAUGCAUGCGUGACUAUUGACUUGCUCCUUGACGUUGACUCAUUUCACCCGUAGUUUCAGCCAGCUCGUUUGAGAAACAGAAACACUCCACACCAUUGUUGCACGUUUAUUGUUUAUUCUAUUUAUGUGAUUAUUACUUUAAAGUAGUAUUAUUAACUUAUUGUAUUAUCACCAACAAUAGGAAAUAACAUAUUUAUUUACUGUAAAUCCCAUUGAUGAGAAAGUCUAAACCUGACUUAAGAUAUUAAAACGAUUGUUUGGCUGCAUCAUCAGGUUUAGUUGUUUGAGAAAUUCUGAGCUUGCAAAUUUUAUGGGGUUUACGGUACUACUUUGCUUUGUACACAGAGAAUAAAAUGUAUAGAAUAGGUUUCAUUAAUAUACCGUAGGUGCCUGUGUUAUCUUGCAGUACAUCUGAACUACUUGCACAUGCCCCAGGUAUCCUGAGAUGUCAUACCAUUCGUGUUUCUGAUCUGUCAUCUUUGCUCAACACAUUAUAGACCUAGAACACUGUAGUGAUUUCAUUCCUUAUAUCUAUAGUAUUAAUCCAAUAGUAUUCUUGCACUCCAUAGCUUGGAACUUUCCACUACACGUUCUUCAGCACAGACAAGCUUAUUUUGAUGUAUAAAACGUAAGAAAAGUCCCUGUAAUUGUUGUUCAAGUAUCAUGAUAUCCUCCUAAUUUGUCCCCUUUCUUGUUACAGCUUGAAUCAAAUAGAUUUGUGUCUUUCAAUAUUCGAAACUACCUGUUUAUUGUGGCAAUCAUGUCAAAUAAGUGUAAUUUGUCCAAGAAACUUGGCUGGCACAGAAAAUGAGAAUCUCCUUGAUGAAGGAGAUGGUCAGAUGUCCUGUGCAGUGUGGGAGCGAUUCUCAAUCAAGUCAAACCAUUAUGAACGUUCCAUGCUGUGAAUAAAUUGCACAUUUUUUCAGGGAUGUGAAAAAUAUUAAUGUCAAUAAAAUUAUGUGUUGUCGUAGUAA